GAUGUCUCAGUGGUAUGAGCUUCAGCAGCUUGACUCCAAAUUCCUGGAGCAGGUUCACCAGCUUUAUGAUGACAGUUUCCCCAUGGAAAUCCGACAGUACCUGGCCCAGUGGCUAGAAAAGCAAGACUGGGACCAUGCUGCCAAUGAUGUUUCAUUUGCUACUAUUCGUUUUCAUGACCUCUUGUCACAACUGGAUGAUCAGUACAGCCGCUUUUCUUUGGAGAACAAUUUUUUGUUGCAGCACAACAUAAGGAAAAGCAAGCGUAAUCUUCAGGAUAAUUUUCAGGAAGACCCAAUACUGAUGUCUAUGAUCAUCUUUAACUGUUUGAAGGAGGAAAGGAAAAUCCUGGAAAAUGCCCAAAGAUUUAAUCAGUCUCAGUCGGGGAAUAUUCAGAGCACCGUGAUGUUAGACAAACAGAAGGAGCUUGACAGCAAAGUCAGAAAUGUGAAGGACAAAGUCAUGUGUAUAGAGCAUGAAAUCAAGAACCUGGAAGAUUUACAAGAUGAAUACGACUUUAAAUGCAAAACCUUGCAGAACAGAGAGCAUGAAGCCAACAAUGUGGCAAGCAAUGAACAGAAACAAGAACAGAUGUUACUUCAGAAGAUGUAUUUAAUGCUUGACAGUAAGAGAAAGGAAGUAGUUCAUAAAAUAAUAGAAUUGUUGAAUGUCACUGAACUCACCCAGAAUGCCUUGAUUAAUGAUGAGCUUGUCGAGUGGAAGCGGAGACAACAGAGUGCUUGUAUUGGGGGGCCACCCAACGCUUGCCUUGAUCAGCUGCAGAACUGGUUUACCAUUGUUGCGGAGAGUCUGCAGCAGGUUCGACAGCAGCUCAAGAAGCUGGAGGAAUUGGAGCAGAAAUACACCUAUGACCACGACCCCAUCACAAAAAACAAACAAGUGUUGUGGGAUCGCACCUUCAUUCUUUUCCAGCAGCUUAUCCAGAGCUCAUUCGUGGUGGAAAGACAGCCUUGCAUGCCAACUCAUCCACAGAGGCCACUGGUCCUGAAGACUGGGGUCCAGUUCACCGUGAAGUUGAGGCUGCUCGUGAAAUUACAGGAGCUGAAUUAUAAUUUAAAAGUCAAAGUCUUGUUUGAUAAAGAUGUGGUUGAGAAGAAUACAGUAAAGGGAUUUAGAAAGUUCAACAUUUUGGGCACACAUACGAAAGUGAUGAACAUGGAAGAAUCUACCAAUGGAAGUCUGGCGGCAGAAUUUCGACACCUGCAACUAAAAGAACAGAAAAAUGCUGGCACCAGAUCUAAUGAGGGCCCUCUCAUUGUGACUGAAGAGCUCCACUCCCUUAGCUUUGAAACCCAGUUGUGCCAGCCGGGCUUGGUAAUUGACCUUGAGACAAUGUCUCUGCCUGUUGUGGUGAUCUCCAAUGUCAGCCAGCUCCCCAGCGGCUGGGCCUCCAUCCUGUGGUACAACAUGCUGGUGGCAGAACCACGGAAUCUGUCCUUCUUCUUGAACCCACCGUGUGCCCGAUGGGCUCAGCUUUCAGAGGUGCUGAGUUGGCAGUUUUCUUCUGUCACCAAAAGAGGUCUCAACGGGGACCAGCUGGGCAUGUUGGGAGAGAAGCUUCUUGGUCCUAACGCUGGUCCCGAUGGUCUUAUUCCAUGGACGAGGUUUUGUAAGGAAAAUAUCAAUGAUAAAAAUUUUUCAUUCUGGCUUUGGAUUGACAGUAUCCUUGAACUCAUUAAAAAACACCUGCUCCCUCUCUGGAAUGAUGGGUGUAUCGUGGGCUUCAUCAGCAAGGAGCGAGAGCGGGCCCUGCUGAAAGAGCAGCAGCCGGGGACGUUCCUGCUGCGGUUCAGUGAGAGCUGCCGGGAAGGGGCCAUCACAUUCACGUGGGUGGAGCGGUCCCAGAACGGAGGUGAACCUUAUUUUCAUGCAGUUGAACCCUACACGAAGAAAGAACUUUCUGCUGUUACUUUCCCUGAUAUCAUUCGCAACUACAAAGUCAUGGCUGCUGAGAAUAUUCCAGAGAACCCCCUGAAGUAUCUGUAUCCAAAUAUUGACAAAGACCAUGCCUUUGGGAAGUAUUACUCCAGGCCAAAGGAAGCACCAGAACCAAUGGAACUCGAUGGUCCUAAAGGAACUGGAUACAUCAAGACUGAAUUGAUAUCUGUUUCUGAAGUUCACCCUUCUAGACUGCAGACUACGGACAACCUUCUCCCCAUGUCUCCCGAGGACUUCGAUGAAGUGUCUCGGAUAGUGGGGUCUGUAGAAUUUGACACUAUGAUGAACGCGGUAUAGAGCAUGGAUUUUCUUCAUCUCAUCGGGCAACAUUUUCCCUUCCCAUCUGUGAUUUCCUCCUGCUGCUCUUUCUUUACCUCCUUUGUGUCUAGGGAAAUGAAAGAAAGACCAACACAUUUGCUGCAUCUUGUUGAUAGCAAGUGGAUUUGUCCUUAAGUCAGAAACGUCCAUUACUCUGAAAGACUUCCUGAAUCUUACUGAAGGUAAAAUUUUAAAGACACUGUCCUGCAGAAUCAGUUUUGCAAGUGGGAAAUGUCCAGAUAGAUCCAAAGCAUGAGGACUAGAAUGAGUCUUUGGGGGAAGGACAGAGUUUAGCAACCUCUAGCCAAGCUAUCUAUAAAGCCAGCAUCCAACUGUUACAGCUGUUCAAGAGAGCACACGGUUACUUAGGAAACUUCUUGAUGUAGAAA